CCACUGAAGAAGACAUGAGCACAACUUCCUUCUCCGCGAAAUGUAAAUAAAACUGGAAUGCCGUCAGAUUUUAGCGAUCAUAUUAUUUCUCAUUUGUCUUCAGAAAAAAGAUUAUUAGCCACUUGCCCCUCUAAGGCUAGACUCUCACCUUGGUUUUGGUUGUAUUUACCCAGAAUGCCCUGCGCUGUAGUCUGCUUCCUGCUUUUGUAGUGGUGUCUCUGGUCUGGUAGGCAUUCACAUAUAGAUUUGAACUCCGCCAGAGUUCACUUUAACUGAACCGAUACCUAAGUUUGUAGUCGGAUUAGAGUUUGCUUUUCUGGGCCGCAGCAGAGUUCGAUUGCACAUCCCCGCCUCCCCAAUCUAACCGGACUUUGUAGACAAACGAACCAAAGUUUAUUUAACACGAACUUAACAAGACUGGUGUGAAUGCACCCUAAAAGAUCUUAAAAAGCAAUACCUCACCCUCUGAUUUACAAUAAAAAUGUAGAGAUGAUUAGAAACCAACCAGAUUUUAAGUUUUUAUUGGGCCAUUAACUUCCUUUCGUUUCUCUUCUUUUAGUCUCAGAGAUCUGCUUCUUUGGCCUCGAUGUCUAUGAAUUCUGACGCGUCGCCGAGCAGCAGCCACAACUCGUCUCUGCACCACCCUGAGCACAAAGCAAGCAGGAAGGAUCACGGCAUCCGAACAGCGAGGGGGGUCCACGCCCCUCAACACGGAGUCUCCUCAGGGGAUGAAAAUCGCCACUCUCACUCCCGGCAGCCGUCUCGGGCGGGCAGCAUCCCUGCUCUGCUGCCGAAGCCGCCUCUGACUCCGCUGGUCAAACUGGUGGGUAAAAUCUACUCCCUCAAAUGCAGGUUCUGCGACGAAGUGUUUCACGGGCCUCUGUCCGUUCAAGAGAAGUGGAUCACACACCUGCAGAAACACAUCCUGUCUCUGGGCUACAAGGGCAAAGAGGCUCCUUCUUCUCCAGCCGCUCCGUCUGCUCCAGCACUUGUCCAUCCGGUGGCCGUAUGAACUGACAAGUGUUCCCCAGACUCCACGAAGGAACAACCGUCUUUUUAAAUGUCUUCAUUUAAAAAAAGAAAAGAAAACUUGUUCCCUUCUCGUCCAUGGGAGGGCAGACAUGAGCCGUGAGAGAGAGCAGCGGCUCUGUGUAACCCACUCAGGAAACAUCCACUCUUCAUACACGGUUCUGAUCACAGAGCUUCCUCCACCUGCUCAGAAGAUUAGGGUUAGGAGAAGAUUUUUUUUUUUUGAGCAAAUCGCAUUUCUUUAUUUUGUAUGUUUUCUACUUUCUGAUCUAAAUCACAUUUUUAUUGAAUACU